AUGUACACGGUCGAAGUCUACGGCAAGUAUCAAAAUGGAACAUUCCCUCUCUCCACACUCAAAACGAGGUUUGUGCAAACAUGAUUUGCGAUCGCGAGUCGGCUUGCCAAGCAAGGCGGUUUCUAGUGCUAUCUGAAAUGGAAUGGCUUUCCGUGUCCAACUGCUCAGAAGCACGACCACGACGCAUUGCCUGCGACCUGGGUUCGAAGUCGAUUGGCGUUCGCAAAUACAGCAACACAAGUCGCGCUUUGAACAUGGGAAGGGGGAGUGUUUCCUUACGAUAGCAAAGAAUACAGCUUCUGCGAGAAUUAUCGAAAGAAGAAACUGUUCCACUGCAGUGCAAAAUGUGCCUGUAUCACUGGAGGAACACGCGAUGGAAAAAAAUUGUGCUUGAUCCUACCGGCGCAAGACGGACUCUUUUUGUCAUGCAAGAAAACGACCUUGUCCGGCGAGACCUCCAAAACUAAAACAGUGAGACACUUUUUUCGCAUGAUACGGCAACCCAGAGGGUUCCGAUGAAGAUUGCCUCCCGGAAGACUGCCCAGAUAG